ACAUCACCGCGGCCGCCGAGCAGCGGGCGGGCGGCGGAGGGGCUGCGGGUCCCGCUGCUGCUGCUGCUGCUGCUGCUGCCGCUGCUGCCUCCCGCUCUUCUCGCUGACAACCAUUUCCCUCCCUCCCCUCCUUUCCCUUCCGUAUUUUUGCCUUUUCCCCCCUCCCUCCCUCCCUUUAAAAAAUACAUAUAUUUGUUAGCUGAGGAGGGUUUUUUUGGUCCUUUUUGCUUUAACUCCCGCGCAUCUUCCGCCGCCCGUGGAGCUUCCGCAGCCCUUCCGCCACUUCCCGCAUGACUGUCACCAAGGGUCAAGGAGCAGCCACAGUUCCCUGAGCCCCGUGGCCGUUCCUGGGAGUCAGGAGGUGCCCGACGAGCCUGUGGAGCAGAGCAGGGCAGAGCUCUUGUCGAGUCAAUGAGAGACCUCCACAAGUCUAGCGUGCUGGGAAGCAAGCACGGCAGCCUGAUGUCAUGGCGGCCGCAGUACCGCAGCUCCAAGUUCCGGAACGUCUACGGGAAGGUGGCGAGCAGGGAGCACUGCUUCGACGGCAUCCCCAUCACCAAGAACGUGCACGACAACCACUUCUGCGCCGUCAACGCCCGCUUCCUCGCCAUCGUCACCGAGAGCGCCGGCGGCGGCUCCUUCCUCGUCAUCCCCAUCGAGCAGACAGGCAGGAUCGAGCCAAACUACCCCAAAGUUUGUGGUCACCAGGGCAACGUGCUGGACAUCAAGUGGAACCCCUUCAUUGAGAACAUCAUUGCAUCAUGCUCCGAGGACACCUCGGUGCGGAUCUGGGAGAUCCCAGAGGGUGGCCUGAAGAGGAACAUGACGGAGGCUGUCCUGGAGCUGUAUGGCCAUAGUCGGCGCGUUGGCCUCGUCGAGUGGCAUCCCACCACCAACAACAUCCUCUUCAGUGCUGGCUAUGACUACAAGGUCCUCAUCUGGAACCUGGACAUCGGGGAGCCGGUGAAGAUGAUCGAUUGCCACACAGAUGUCAUCCUCUGCAUGUCCUUCAACACCGAUGGCAGCCUUCUGGCCACCACCUGCAAGGACAAGAAGCUGCGGGUGGUGGAGCCACGCUCUGGGAGGGUCCUGCAGGAGGCCAGCUGCAAGAACCACCGUGUCAACCGGGUGGUGUUCCUGGGCAGCACGAAGCGGCUGCUGACGACAGGGGUGUCGCGCUGGAACACGAGGCAGAUCGCUCUCUGGGACCAGGAAGACCUCUCCAUGCCCCUGAUAGAGGAGGAGAUUGAUGGGCUCUCAGGUCUCCUCUUCCCUUUCUACGAUGCCGACACGCACAUGUUGUACUUGGCUGGCAAGGGCGAUGGCAACAUUCGGUACUACGAGAUCGGCUCGGAAAAGCCCUACCUGAGUUACCUGAUGGAGUUCCGCUCCCCGGCUCCACAGAAAGGACUGGGGGUGAUGCCAAAGUACGGGCUGGACGUGUCGGCCUGCGAGGUCUUUCGUUUCUACAAGCUCAUCACCCUCAAGGGGCUGAUCGAACCCAUCUCCAUGAUCGUGCCCAGGAGGUCAGAAACCUACCAAGAGGACAUUUACCCAAUGACCCCAGGCACGGAGCCAGCCCUCACCCCUGAUGAAUGGCUGAGUGGGGUGAACAGAGAUCCCAUCCUGAUGUCACUGAAGGAGGGCUACAAGAAGACAUCCAAGAUCGUCUUUAAGGCACCAGUGAGGGAGAAGAAGAGUGUGGUGGUCAAUGGCAUUGACCUGCUGGAGAAUGUGCCACCCAGGACAGAGAACGAGCUCCUUCGGAUGUUCUUCCGGCAGCAGGACGAGAUCCGCCGGCUGAAGGACGAGCUGGCGCAGAAGGACAUCCGGCUGCGGCAGCUGCAGCUGGAGCUGAAGAACCUGAGGAACAGCCCCAAGAACAAUUAACUUCCAGGGACCUUUUCUAAAUAAACUCUCUUUGUUUAUACUUGCUCUUUAAUUUUAUUGUCCCCACCUGACCCGGACCACCACCCGCAAGCCAGCUGACCUGCCAAGAGCCCACUCGCUAACUGGAACUUCGUCCUCCCAAGCCUUGCCUCGCACUAAAGCCUCCAGAACUGAAAGCUACUGCAUGAGAGAGAGGCAGCUGGGGGAGGACCCACCUGCCCUGGUGAUGCUCUUGGAGUAAGUAGAUGAGCCUCGUCCCCUCCGUUGGGAUCCAGCAGCACAGGGCAGCCCAGCUGGUGGCUGCUCCCCGCUGCGAUGCUUCACUGCUGUUCGUUUGCGUUUGUUUGUUUUCCUAUGCAAAAGAAAUGGGACAGAACUGGAACUGGGAGGGGUGGGAAGGGCUUCAUCCACACAAAAGGCCAUUUCCCGUGGUGGUGGUGGUGGCUGUGGUAUGGUUAGGCUUUGGUAGGGGCAGCCUGUGAGCAGCCCAAGGCUGUGACCCAGGGAAGGGAGCUGCUUUGCGUGUGCAUCCCUGCACACGCACCCAAAUCCCUCCUCACAAAAAUGAGGCUGCUCCCCCUAACCCAAGGGGGAUUUGCACUCCUCCUGGCCACUGGGAUCCAUGCCAGUGCCACAGGGACAGGGGAAGGAUGCCACUCAGCUCUCCCUGAGGGUCUUCAAGAGAUGGAGAGAAGGGAAAAAUAUCAGCCAGUUCACCCCAAGGAAUGGGGAAGGGAGAAGGACAUCACCCAGCCCUCCUCAUAGGUCCUCAAGAGAUAUGGAGUGGGGAAGGAUGCCACCAGCCCACCCCAAGGGUCCCCAAGAGACAGGGAGAGAGGAAAGGUGUCUCUGAGCUUUCCUCAAGGGUCCCAAGAGAUAGGAGGAGGGGAAGGAUGUCACCAGCUCACCCUGUAAGUCUGCAGGAGCUAAGGUGAGAGGCAGGAUGUCAGCAGAUCUCCCUGAAGGUCCCUGAGAGAUAGAGAGGAGAAUGAUGUCACCCAGCUCACUCCAAAGGAUAGAGGAGGGGGAAAUAAGCCACCCAGCUCUCCCUGAUGCUCUCCAAGGAAUAUAGAGAGGCAAAGGAUGUCACCAAGCUCACCCCAAGGGGUGGAGAAGCAGGAAGGAUGGCAUCCAACUCUCCUCAAGGGUCCCCUGAGAUGUGGAGCGGGGAAGGAUGUCACCAGCUCUCCCUGAGGGUCCCCUGAGAUACAGAGUGGGGAAGGAUGUCACCAGCUCUCCCUGAGGGUCCGCUGAGAUAGAGAGAGGAGAAGGCUGACACCUAGCUCUCCCAUAUGGUCCCCAAGAGAUAGUGAGGGGUGAAGGAUGUCAGCAGUGGGCGCUGGCUGGGUGCAGCAUGUACAUAGAAGCAGAGCUGUUUGUGGCUCAGGCCAGCAGCACAGAGGAGGAGGACACCAGGGACUGCUGGUAUCUCUGUCUGCUGACUAAAUCCAGUUGUUGAGCUGCCUGGCACUGCCUGUGCAAUGGUUCCUCCUCGCCCUGACUUCACCUUGUGGCCCCUUCCCUCCCCACCUGCCAUGUGCUGUCGUUCUCCAUUAUUUAUGCUACCAUGGAAUAGUGAGGAAAUAAAAUGUUUUCAAGAUACCAAA